AGGCUGCAAACUCACAUUAUAGCCACUUUAAAAAACCUGGUCCAUCUGGGGUUCGUGCACUUCCUGUCAAUUCUAAAGAAUUCCUGGAGAUUGGGGAGGAGGAUGUGCCAGAGGAUGAAAAAUUCUUUUUCAGGUAUUUCACAGAAAGAGCCAGUAGGCUGAAGGAUCUGGGCAGCGAUGCCGAAAGUGACAGCGGUAGCAUUGGAGAUGAUGAGUUCGAUGCUUUCUUAGAUGGUUUUGAGAAAGACGUUGACAAAGAUGACCUUGGCGACCUUGACUUAGAUUUUGCUGGAGAUUCACAUAAAUCCAAGGCAGCGGACAGAAAGAAAAAACAAGAACAGGUUUCUGAUGAUGAAAGUUUGGAAAGUGAUGAUUUUGAUGAGGAUGAUCUGGGAGAUGAAGAACUUGCCGCAGAGUUCCAGCAGGAGAUGGAAGGUUUGGGCAUGGACAACGAUGAAGAUGAUCAUGAUAUGGAGAACGAGCCGAGCAACGCUGAUGAGCAGCUCGGGUCAGAUGGGGACCUUUCUCUUGAUGAUGAUAAUGAUGAUGAGCUGAAGAUGAUGAUGGAGAAAGGAAAUGGCAAGAAGAGAAAGCAGCAGACAGUUGACAGUGAUGAGUUUGCGAUGAUGGGGAAGAAACCCAAAAAGAACAAGUUUGACACGUCAGACUUGUUUGCGUCUGCUGAACAGUUUGCUCAUCUGCUGGAAGAAGAUGCUGAAAGUGGCCAGAUUUCUUUGGGAGGCUCUGGAGAUUUGAGAAAUAAAGACAAAGCUGCUCAGAAACAGCUCAAGUGGGAGGCAGAGCGAGACAGGUGGGCGUCGGGUAAAAUGAACAAGCAUGGUGGUCACAGAAAAAAGGAUUUCAAAACUGGAAACAAGAAAUUCCAAAACAAGAGAAAGAAAUAA